UUUGUGCGCGGCGGGGCGGGCGGGAGCGGAGUGUGGCUGGAGCGGCGGAGCGGGAAGGAAUCCAUCUGAUUGAAGUUCUUCCAGAGUUGGCUUCUGGAUUGGUAUUUUCUUGAUCAUGGCUACUUCUGAUAUCCAAGUGAAGGAGCUGGAGAAGCGCGCUUCCGGGCAGGCGUUCGAGCUGAUCCUCGGCCCCCGCUCCAAAGACGCAGCCCCGGAGUUCCCCCUGUCCCCUCCAAAGAAGAAGGAUGUCUCCCUGGAGGAGAUCCAGAAGAAGCUGGAAGCAGCAGAGGAGAGGCGCAAGUCUCACGAAGCAGAAGUCCUGAAGCAGCUUGCUGAGAAGAGGGAGCAUGAAAAGGAGGUGCUCCAGAAAGCCAUUGAGGAGAACAACAACUUCAGCAAAAUGGCUGAGGAGAAGCUGACUCACAAAAUGGAAGCUAACAAAGAAAACCGUGAGGCACAAAUGGCUGCCAAGCUGGAGCGCUUGAGGGAGAAGGACAAGCAUAUCGAGGAGGUUCGAAAGAACAAAGAAGGCAAAGACCCUGGUGAGGCCGAAACCGACUGAUUCAGCCUGGAAGCGACUCUCUCCCCCUCCUCUAAAUAUCCAAAGACUGUACUGGCCAGUGGUUUAUCUUUGGCUUUCUGGUUGGGUUGGCUUGGGUUUGCUUGGGGUUUGUAUUUGUUUUCAUUUGAGUUCCUAGACUCUGCUGUAGGACUGUAACACGAGCUCCAGACUCGGCCCUUAGCUCUGGCUUUUGGUUGGUGGUUGGUUUCUUUUGGGGGGUUUAGAGGAGAGAUUUCCAUGUGCCACCUCUUUUCUAAAGUGUUGUCUUUCCAGUGUAGCUUCUUCUUGUUGCAUCCUUUCCUACCCCCAGCCCUGUCUGCUCGCUGCUGGGUUGAUGGCUUGGUACUGUAUCAGCUCUGUAAGACAUUUGUGAAAGGGAUCUGUAGUACACUGUUCCAUGCUCAGUAUCUGUUACACUUCAAAAGAAAACAGCUCUGGCUCUGUCCCAGCCUGCUAAAAACCCUGCUGUAACUGAAUGACUAAAUAAAGCUGCACAGUGCUGUUA